CCGCCCGCUUCGAGCUUUCGACCCGUGCUUUCCAUGUGGGAAGAUUCGACUAGAAUCUGGAGCCGAAUCGCAUAGGUAAUACCACCGAUAAAGACUCGUAGCCAAUGCUAUCAAUGAAUUCCAUAAUUACACCGCCAGUGCGAAAACUCUCAAGCCUGCAUCGAACAAACGCUCUUCUCCAUCUCCUGCAUACCUUUGACGAUGCCCACAGAGUUCUUCUCUGAAUCCCCGUCAUUCCCUUUGCAACUACGCGACUCAAAGUUUAAUCCCGAGAACUCUGCCGACCUAGUCGAGAGUGAGGUUACUGAGGAUCAACAGGUUGACGACCACGUGCAACCUCUUAGCUCGACUUCUGCAUUCACUGCUCGGAGUUCCAUCAAUGAUAGUGCGGACUUUGACGACCCGAACCUCGACCCUUCGCGCAGCAUAGAAUUUGACGAUGAGUCGCCCUAUCCAGAGGUUCGAUCCGCUGUCGCAAACACAGACGAUCCGUCCAUACAUGCAACAACGCUUCGUACAUGGGUUAUAGGCUUAACCUGGGCAAUUAUCAUGCCUGGCGUCAACCAGUUUUUCUUCUUCCGCUAUCCCAGCGUGCCCAUUACUGGCAUAGUCGCUCAGCUACUCUCGUUUCCAAUAGGCCGCUUUUGUGCUGCCUAUCUUCCUCGAAAAAAAAUCUUGGGGAUUUCACUAAAUCCUGGUCCUUUCACUAUCAAGGAGCACGUGCUGAUAACAAUCAUGGCUUCGGUGGGCGCGACAUCUGCUUAUGCAACAGACAUUAUUGCCGUGCAAAGAGUUUUCUAUAAUCAGAAAUUCAGUUUCAGUUAUCAGUGGUUUUUGGUGAUAUCGACGCAAUUAAUUGGCUUCUCCACUGGGGGAAUUACACGACGGUUUCUUGUGUCGCCUCCAAGCAUGAUAUGGCCCGCGACUCUCGUCAGUUGCGCACUCUUUAAUACUCUUCACUCCGAGCAGUAUGCGGGUAUUGGACGAUUAGGCGGCUUAAGCCGAGAACGCUUCUUCGUCUAUGUUUUCACAAGCGCAUUCUUGUGGUACUUCUUCCCUGGUUAUUUGUUCCAGGCCCUUUCGUGGUUUUCUUGGGUAACAUGGAUUUGGCCUGACGAUCCUGUCGUUUCACAGCUCUUUGGCUACGUCCACGGCAUGGGAAUGUCCGUGGUAACAUUCGACUGGGCCCAAAUUGCAUACAAUGGGUCACCACUAGCCGUGCCUUGGUGGGCAACGGCGAACGUUAUUAUUGGCUUUGUAGUUUUCUAUUGGAUAAUAACACCUAUAUUAUACUUUAAAAAUACCUGGUAUUCUCUAUACAUGCCUAUUUCGUCAAGGACCUCCUUCGACAACACACAGAACACAUACAAUGUCGCUCGGAUAUUGACUUCAGAAAGCACUUUCAACGCGACAGCAUACCAGGAGUACAGUCCAAUAUUUAUUCCAACGGCGUUCGUGAUGUCUUACAGUCUCUCGUUUGCCUCCAUUACGGCGACUAUCGUCCAUUGCUUUAUUCAUUUUCGGAAGCAAAUUUGGUAUCAAGCGCGACGGUCACUGGAGGAACAAGCAGACAUUCAUGCUCGCCUUAUGAGUCGAUACCCACAAGUUCCCGAAUGGUGGUACAUGUCCUUAUUCGCUUUCAUGUUUGCAUUGGGUGUCGUCAGCAUCGAGAUUUGGCCUACAGAGAUGCCAGUUUGGGCUUUUGUCAUAGCGCUCUUGAUCGCAUUUACCUAUGUGAUUCCAUGCGGUAUGAUACAGGCAAUCACCAAUCAGCAAAUUGGGUUGAACGUAAUUACAGAGCUGAUCAUCGGAUAUUCGCUACCUGGCAAACCGGUAGCAAUGAUGCUGUUCAAGACCUUCGGCUAUAUUACUAUGUAUCAAGCCCUGACAUUUACGUCCGACUUCAAACUCGGUCACUACAUGAAAAUCCCUCCUCGAAAAAUGUUCUGGUGCCAGAUUGUGGCUGCGAUAGUCGCUGGAACCACGCAAUUGGGCGUUCAAUCGUGGAUGUUCUCUACCAUACCAGACAUAUGUAGUAGCACUCAAAAAGACGGUUUUACCUGUCCUAACACGGAAGUAUUUGGCACUGCAUCCAUCUUCUGGGGUGUAAUCGGCCCACAACGUUUGUUUAGUUCCGGGCAAUUAUAUCAGUCCGUAUUAGUAUUCUUCAUCAUAGGAGCAGUGAGCCCUAUCAUAGGUUGGCUGGCGAUGAAGCGGUAUCCAAACAGUUUUAUACGAUACAUGAACCCACUAAUAUUUAACGGUACCAACAAGAUCCCCCCAGCUUCUGCGCUCAAUUAUGUACCGUGGGCGCUUGUAGGUUUCAUCUUCCAGUAUGUUAUACGAAGGCGCAAUUUUGCAUGGUGGACAAAAUACAAUUAUGUCUUGUCUGCGGCGCUGGAUGCUGGGCUAGCUGUUUCUGUAAUCUUCAUAUUUUUCGUAUUGCAAUAUCCGGCAAAUGGGUCGAUUGGGGAGAGCUUGCAACGUUGGUGGGGUAACACGGUAUUUGAUAAAACUGCUGAUGGUAUGGGUACUCCGGUUCGCCAGCUACAGGGCUCAGAAACAUUCGGGUACGUUGACUUGUCAACUGAUCACUUCUGUUUCGUUGAUGAGCAAACUCAGCCCCAGUAUGGGAUCUUGGUAGCCAUUGUAUCUUCCGUGCUUUAAAUGUAGACUUAUCUUGUUGUAUUGGUAUAACAUGGACUUGUACUGCGUUCCUGCAUAAUGACACAUCGUUGCAACUAUCGCCUUCAGCGGGCGGGUGAUUUAUGCGAGGGUAUUAUGAACGUUCAUCAUUGUCAUAAGAUGCGUUAAGGUAGAUCGUCUGCGGC